GAAAAUGAUGCUGUGUUGUCCAAGUUGAAAGAUAUGAAAGGUGCUGCAAAGAAAAUAGUGAGACGUCCUAUACCAAAACUUGAUGCUAAAAGGUUAACAGGUGAUAGAGGUAUACCAAUAUUACCGAAGCUAUUUGAAGACAUAAAAUUUAAAGGAAAGGGGCAUGAGAUGCAAGAUUUAAAGUUAAUAAUGGAUAAAUUAGAACAUUGGGGGCAUAGAUUGUUCCCUAAAUUACCUUUUGAUGAAGUUUUAGAAAGAGUUGAAAAACUUGGAUCCAAGAAAGAAGUACAGACUUGUAUCAAGAAAAUGAGACAAGAUAUGCCAAUAUUAGAUGAAGAUUUUAUUGGAGAUAAAAAUGAAGAGGAAACAGAAGAAAUAAAUGGAAAUAAAGAUAAUGCCACUGAUAAGCAGGUAGAAAAAUUCAAAAUGUCUAAAUGUUUUGAACUGUCCGAAGACCAGAUAGAAAGGAUAGAGAGAAAUAAAAGAUUAGCUAUGGAGAAACGCCUAGCAAGACUAGAGCAAAAGCCAACAGGUAUGAUUUACUACAACAAAAUAACAAUUCAUUGGAUUGAGUGUGAAUUUUCUGAGAUUUUGAGAAAGUAA